GUGGGGGGCGAGCAACCACCCUGUCCUCUGCCUUGGGAAGCACCGGGCGGGCUCCCGGCAGGCGCCCGGGGGGCUGGGGGGCCGCGGAGCCCCCGGGCUCCAGCCGCGGGCCUUUCUGGAAAGCCCUCCGGCUCUGCACGCCACUCUGGCCUGUUGCUGCGGAUGCAACAAGUAUGGGAAUGUCACUUUCCAGCUCAAGGUCAGCCCCCCGGCACUGGGUGGGAUGAACCAGGCUUCGGAGGGCCUCCGGGCCUGUGGCCAGCCUUCCCGCAUUCCCGGCUUCCCCCAGCUUCUCUGCCUCCAGCCUCCCCGACUCUCUAAUCAGCCUGUCUCCAAUGGCACUCGGAAUGUCGACCUGCAUCUUGGCCAGUGCCACAAGACAGGAGCCUGUGAUGAACCAGAUUUUGCCACACAAUGUCAGUUCAGCAGUGUCAGGCACAGCUGAAUUUGCCUGGAGUGGGGCUCUAUCCUGUCACUAUUCUUCUGAAUAAAAGCAGUCAUUAAACGUGAUUUACUUGAUAUGGCUUUGUAAAGCCUUCCAAUAAAAUAUUUACAAAUGGGGACAGUGCCUAACUAUACCCUCACUGUUCUGGUACUUAUGUCCCUAGAGAUGGCCAUUCCUCCUGCAAAGAGACACCCCUAGGCAACGGCAGCACUGGCUGUUCACAGUGGUAAAGGCUGGUAUAAAACUGCCUCUAAAAUCCUUUCUCCUAGACUGGCUCACUGGCUGCUUGAUUUCUGUGUUGGCAAUGGCUUUGGUUUCCUACAGGAAAUCUUGGUGCCUGAGCAAGUUUGUGACCCAGGAAGUAGCAACUGAAGCCUUGGGAUGCUGAUUUGAGGCUGCUUGUGCUCUGAGGUCCCCGAGCGUCCCACACACCAUGGACCUGGACCCCCAGGCAGGUGUGCAGGUGGGCAUGCGUGUGGUGCGAGGCGUGGACUGGAAGUGGGGCCAGCAGGAUGGAGGUGAGGGCGGCGUGGGCACAGUGGUGGAGCUGGGCCGCCACGGCAGCCCCUCGACGCCCGACCGCACAGUGGUCGUUCAGUGGGACCAGGGCACACGAACCAACUAUCGUGCCGGCUACCAGGGUGCCCAUGACCUGCUGCUCUAUGACAACGCACAGAUUGGCAUCCGCCACCCCAACAUCAUCUGCGACUGCUGCAAGAAGCACGGGCUGCGCGGCAUGCGCUGGAAGUGCCGCGUCUGCUUCGACUACGACCUCUGCACACAGUGCUACAUGCACAGCAAGCACGACCUUGCCCACGCCUUCGAGCGCUACGAGACAGCCCACUCACGCCCUGUCACGCUGAGUCCCCGCCAGGGCCUCUCUAGGAUCCCACUAAGGGGCAUCUUUCAGGGAGCAAAGGUGGUGCGUGGCCCUGACUGGGAGUGGGGCUCCCAGGACGGAGGGGAAGGGAAGCCGGGCCGUGUGGUGGACAUCCGUGGCUGGGAUGUGGAGACAGGCCGGAGUGUGGCCAGUGUGACGUGGGCAGACGGAACCACCAAUGUAUACCGCGUAGGCCACAAGGGCAAGGUGGACCUCAAGUGUGUGGGCGAGGCAGCUGGCGGCUUCUACUACAAGGAGCACCUCCCCAGGCUUGGCAAGCCAGCAGAGCUGCAGCGCAGGGUGAGUGCAGACAGCCAGCCCUUCCAGCGUGGAGACAAGGUGAAGUGUCUGUUGGACACAGACGUCCUGAGGGACAUGCAGGAAGGCCACGGUGGCUGGAACCCCAGGAUGGCGGAGUUUAUCGGACAGACGGGCACCGUGCACCGCAUCACGGACCGUGGGGACGUGCGCGUGCAGUUCAACCAUGAGACCCGCUGGACCUUCCACCCGGGGGCUCUCACCAAGCAUAACUCCUUCUGGGUGGGUGACGUGGUUCGGGUCAUCGACGACCUUGACACAGUGAAGAGACUGCAGGCUGGACACGGAGAAUGGACAGAUGACAUGGCUCCUGCCCUGGGCCGCAUCGGAAAGGUGGUCCAGGUAUUUGGAGAUGGGAACCUGCGUGUGGCAGUUGGUGGCCAGCGGUGGACCUUCAGCCCAUCCUGCCUAGUGGUCUACCGGCCCGAGGAGGACGCCAACCUGGACGUGGCUGAGCGUGCCAGGGAGAACAAAAGUUCCCUGAGCGUGGCCCUGGACAAGCUGCGGGCCCAGAAGAACGACCCGGAGCACCCCGGCAGGCUGGUGGUGGAGGCUGCGCUGGGCAACGUGGCCCGGGCCCUGGACCUGCUUCGAAGACACCCGGAGCAGGUGGACACCAGGAACCAGGGCAGGACCGCCCUCCAGGUGGCUGCCUACCUGGGCCAGGUGGAGCUGGUGCGGCUGCUGCUGCAAGCAAGGGCGGGCGCAGACCUUCGGGACGAGGAGGGCAACACCGCACUGCACUACGCGGCGCUGGGGAACCAGCCAGAGGCCGCCCGGUUGCUGCUGAGCGCGGGGUGUGGGGCGGAUGCCCUCAACGGCGCCCGGAGCACAGCCCUGCACGUGGCUGUGCAGAGGGGCUUCCUGGAGGUGGUGAAGACCCUGUGUGAGCGCGGCUGUGACGUCAACCUGCCCGACGCCCACGCCGACACGCCCCUGCACUCGGCCAUCUCCGCGGGCGCCGGCGCCAGCGGCAUCGUGGAGGUCCUCACGGAGGCGCCGGGCAUCAGCAUCACGGCCACCAGCAGCCGGGGCUUCACGCUGCUGCACCACGCCUCCCUCAAAGGCCACGUGCUGGCGGUGAGGAGGAUCCUGGCCCGGGCGCGGCAGCUCGUGGACGCCAAGAAGGACGACGGCUUCACCGCGCUGCACCUGGCCGCCCUCAACAACCACCGGGAGGUGGCCCAGGUUCUCAUCCGAGAGGGCCGCUGUGACGUCAACGUGCGGAACCGGAAGCUCCAGUCGCCCCUGCACCUGGCCGUGCGGCAGGCCCACGUGGGGCUGGUGCCGGUGCUGGUGGACGCGGGCUGCAGCGUCAACUCGGAGGACGAGGAGGGGGACACGGCCCUGCACGUGGCGCUGCACCGGCACCAGCUGCUGCCCCUGGUGGCCGACAGGGCCGGGGGGGACCCGGGGCCCUUGCAGCUGCUGUCCAGGCUCCAGGCCGCAGGCCUCCCGGGCAGUGCGGAGCUGUCGGUGGGUGCGGCGGUGGCCUGCUUUCUGGCGCUGGAGGGCGCGGACGUGAGCUACGCCAACCACCGGGGCCAGAGCCCGCUGGACCUGGCCGCCGAGGGCCCCGUGCUCAAGGCCCUGCAGGGCUGCGCCCAGCGCUUCCGCGGCAGGCGGGGGGGCGCGGGGGGCCCGGCCCCCGGCCCGCGGCCCGCGCUCACCACCCCCAACACCGUGACCAACCUGCACGUGGCCGCCGCGGCGGGGCCGGAGGCCGCCGAGUGCCUGGUGUGCUCGGAGCUGGCGCUGCUGGUUCUGUUCUCCCCGUGCCAGCACCGCACCGUGUGUGAGGAGUGCGCGCGCAGGAUGAAGAAGUGCAUUCGGUGCCAGGUGGUCAUCAGCAAGAAGCUGCGCCCAGAUGGCUCGGAGGUGGCGGGCGCGGCCCCCGUGGCCGGCCCCCCGCGGCAGCUGGUGGAGGAGCUGCAGAGCCGCUACCGGCAGAUGGAGGAGCGCAUCACCUGCCCCAUCUGCAUCGACAGCCACAUCCGCCUGGUGUUCCAGUGCGGCCACGGCGCGUGUGCCCCGUGCGGGGCGGCGCUCAGCGCCUGCCCCAUCUGCCGCCAGCCCAUCCGCGACCGCAUCCAGAUCUUCGUGUGACCCUGCAGAGCCCGCGCCCCGGCCCCUCCCCGCCUGUAUUUUAUAAAAAGAUCCACAGACCGUG